GCGGGGAAAGUAACCCCUGACGCUGUUCGCGCCGGUGACCGACUGAAGACGUCAAGCCCUGCCGCACUCGUGCGGACUCACGGCGGCAUCGCUUACUCUACCUUCGCCGGUGUGUGUGAUUGACUGUUUUGACACGUUUUGGUGCUGUUAUUCCCCUUCUUUGAUUGACUCAGUAUCUCUUGUUUGUCUGAAAGACUUCAGCGUGUUGUUUUCUUCGUGAUUUCAGCAUUAAUAUUACUUAAAUUUAUUUAUAGAGUAGAUAGGAACUUAGAUUUUUUUUAAUGCAAGACAACGAAUGAAGAUGUUCCGGUACGUUUGAUUGGAGACUUUCAAUUUGAUAAGUUAGUCAAUUGCAUAUUGACAUUAAUGAACAUAUGUGAUAGUUGCUGAAGAAAUAAACUGACUCUUCCAUCCACCAACUGAAUAUCGUUGACUUAGAGAAAUGGACAUGAAAAGCAAGAUCUGAAUUUGACUGACAGUUUUAUCAACUUGAAUAUCAUCAAUUUGUAAAAGUCGAUAUCUUCAAAAUAUAUCAUUAUUGUCAAACAACGAAAAUAACCUGUCAUAAUCAGUGAUGAACGCAUUCACUCGUUCAGCCAUUUGUAUAUCAUUCACCAACAACGAAAAUGACGUAUCAUAGUUAAUUACUUAAUGUUCGGUUCAGAAUCGAAUCUUUCUAUCAAUCUAGUCAAAAGCGAUCAAAGAAACUAAGAUCCUGUUAUCCUUUAGAAAAUGCUCUCUUUUUUUAGUCUUCAAAAUGACUGAUUGAAUCUUCAUUGCAAUACGGAAUCAUUUGAAUUCCAACUUAGAAUGUGAACUUUAAACCAUCAAAAAGCAACGAUUCCAACCCAGAAAUAUCUAAACAUUCCAUUGACUGUGACAACUGACCAAACAACCACCUGAAGCAUGUUCUACAAUACGAUGUGGGGCAAUUGUGGCGCUUUUGGCAGGCCUUUGGGGCCCGACGUGAUGUGGUCUGCAUACAAUAAGCUGUUUGCAGUCGAUUUGGAGCAUAUGCCCGAAGAUGCAGACUCUGACCAGCCCGUAGGAAUGCGACCGUCCCUUUCGCCGCCGCCCCUCAACGCUCCAUUACCUUCCAAAGGCCCUCUUUUGCCUUCCGAGGAGGGCCCUCUUGCAAACGGCAGCUCCAGUCCCCGUCCCGCCCGUAUCAAUGGGGCCCCUCUUAACAAGAAGAGUCCCGAGGACGAGAAGAUCCAAGAGUACCUGCAGCGCAGCGACACGGCCGUCAUAUUCCCCGAACCUGUUGGGGGCACGAGUCCCAAGCAGCGAGACGAAAAGCCUAGUCUCUCGCCAGAACCCACAUCUGUUAUAGAGGAACCCAAAGUACCUCGUGAGUACCUGUUAAAAUGCACUCACUGCGAGCAAGUUUUCUCCGGCCAGGAGGCUAUUCGCGAACUGAAGGAGCACCUGUCCCACGCCCACAAGGAGGCCGGCCCUCCAGAGUCCAAUUACACCUGCCAGAAAUGCAACUCCUCUUUCCCCUCCAAGGAAAGCCUUGCCAAACACAAAGUUCUCCAUAAUGCCAAUGGACAGAGUUCAACGGUGACUGAUGAGACGCGCAAAUUCAAAUGCACCGAAUGCGGCAAAGCCUUCAAGUUCAAGCAUCAUCUGAAAGAACACAUUCGCAUCCAUAGCGGUGAGAAGCCAUUCGUCUGCCCCAACUGCGGGAAAAGGUUCUCGCAUUCUGGAUCAUACUCGUCACAUAUGACCAGCAAGAAGUGCCUCGUCGUCAACCUCAAGGUGCGCAAAGUGGAUAAUCGCUCGCCUAGGGGUCGUGGAACUACGCAGAAUAACUCUUUCCGCCCAAUCAUUCCUAAGUAUAGAUCCUCUGGUGCAUCUCCCACUGCAUCAGAUAUGCCGCUCAUACCCGCAGGAUACAUGCCUUCUUCUGAACGGUUCACCAACUUCUCCAGUAGGGCACAGCAUUCUUUUAUGCCGCUCACUUUCCAUCCUCUCACUCCUUAUCCUCACAUGCCCCUGGGGCCCUUUCCGGAAGUUGCACAUCUCCUGCAACAGCAACAGCGAAGGUAUGAAAGCGAGUCGGAUCAUCUUACACAUUCACAGCCUCCACCUCAUCUUAUACCUUCCUCUUCAAUUAAAUUAGAAAAAUCUGAGAGCUCUCCUGCGACCAGUCCAAAACCACAAGGCGAGCUGAAUGCCGUAAAGAGGAUCUUAGAAAUUGUCGAUGCAACCGUCACCAAGCAGCAGAAGUCACCAACAAGGCCCAAAAAUGGUCUUUUGUCAGAGCUACUAAGUCACCCAGCUAAAUCCCCGCCCCUUUUUGGUACUUCCUUAGAUGCUCGAUGCCGGUUCUGUUCUAAACUUUUCGACAGCAAAGUUGAUCUCCACCAACACGAGAGAUACAUCUGUCCUCUCAACGCCGAACUUCGAACUAAGUCUGGUUCAUCAGGCUCCCCACAGUUGACAACAGAAAAUGGCAGCGAUGGGGAGUCUGGAGAAGAAGGCAGAGUGUGCACCUCUCCAUCCGCCCUUAGUGUGGAGUGCGUAAUGACACUCAAAAACCACUACCAAAUGAAUCCUCGUCCAAAGAAAUCAGAAAUGAUUCGUCUAGCUCGUGACCUGAAAUGUUCUGCGAGAGCGGUCCAAGAAUGGUUUCACAGUCAGCAGGUGCGAUCGAAAGACUUACCUGUAAAUGGAAAUCUCACUCACAGUCCUCCACCACACCAACACAGUUUGGGGCUUCCGUUUCCUUCAGCAGUUGUCCCACACUGCAACGGACCUACGUACCAGUCAGCUAUCGUACCUAGUUACAAUGGUGCUAUUUCAUCUUGUAAUUCAAUCUUGCCGUUUCGCCCGAUCGCCGAGCGAUCUCCACAAGUGGAAACGCCUAGCCAAGAUGAUGAUCAACCUCUUGAUCUGACAGUCAAGAUGAGACGAGAAGAAGGCUUCCACUUUCGUGACAACGAGAACGACAGCCCGCGUUCUCCGCCAUCAAAUCAUUGUGACAGCGAAGUACUCAAUCUCAGCCAGAGGUCUUCGCGUACUCCUCCAAAGGUAUCCAGUCCAUACUCUGUCCACAACAACCGAAGCACACACCAGCUGCACGAGGAUUUGGCAAGAGAUACCUCACAAAACAAUAAUGUGCACUCUUCCAUGCUGUUCAAGUAUAUGCAGAUGGGCAUCUCCAACCACCGGCCACCAUCCCAGAGUGCGAAGUCACCUGUGACAGUUCUGCCGUCCUCACCGGACAAAUCACCGUCCCAUACCGAGCAACCGCACAGCAUGCCGUCACCGGGUGGAGCCAGCUAUGCUGACAACAGUAGCAGUCCCAGUGGCACAACUGGCUCUUAUUGCCACACCGAUGAACCCGGGGAUGGAAAUCCAUAUAGUCCCAGUGGGGUGAAAAAGUCCCGUUUGUGGAAUCAGGGAGAAGGCGAUGAGAGCACUCUGGAAGAAUGCCCUGGUGCCGAAGAAGACUCCGGGGGUUCGGGCAAGAUCAGGAAAUCCUGGAAACUUCACAAAGUCGAGAGCGAAGAAGGCAUGUACGCUUGUGACCAGUGUGAUAAAAUGUUUAGCAAGCAAAGCUCGUUAGCCAGACACAAAUAUGAGCAUUCAGGUCAGAGGCCCCACAAAUGCGACGUGUGCAGCAAGGCCUUCAAGCAUAAGCACCAUCUAACGGAGCACAAGCGACUGCACAGUGGUGAAAAACCCUUCCAGUGCAAGAAAUGUCUCAAGAGGUUCUCUCACUCAGGAUCCUACAGCCAGCACAUGAACCACAGAUACAGUUACUGCAAGCCCUACCAUGAGUGAUUUCCAGCCUUUAUAUCUCCCUCUUUCCCACUCUCCUACUCUUUUUGAUUGUCCUGUAUCUUUCACAUUUGCUACGUAUCUCUCCUUCACUACAUCAUCAGCUCUAAUCAAUUUGAUAUGUGCUUCUCUCAAAGUGACGCGUCUCUUCCUCUUCCAUGUGAACCGCGAAGAGACGGCUCUUUUACAGGCCCGCUUCUUUUUAUCCACUCUCAUCAUCAGUAUGAGCUUUGUAUCGGGUUUUACAAAGCAAAACAUUCUUCAAUUAUAUUUAUGCUAUGUUUUAGCAUGAGAAAAUAUAAUAUUUCAUUUCAACGAAGACAAAGAAUCAUGUGCCAAUUUUUUUUUAAGUUGUACAAAAACAGAUAUGGUCUUUUUACUGGUUGCCAAACAAGUUCAUAGUGCGUUUUUUUUUUUAUUAUUAUUAUUUAGGAGUAUAUUUUGUUUUAUUUUUCAGAGAAUUUAAAAACUGAAAUACAUAAUACGUUUUAUGUAUUUCUUGAUUCUGUAUCAAAUGUGCGCUUGUAAAAGAUGGAGUUAUUUUUCUUGACAGCGAAAAAUAUGUGAAUUUAAAUAACUGAAUUCGAAGAAAAAAAAACGAAAAAAGAAAUGUGCGAUAUUUCCUUUGUUUGUAAGGGAAUAAUUCCUUCUAAUUUGUGAUUCACACAGCUAAAAACUGUAUUGAAAAUAAAAUCAAAGCUUCUGCAAUUUUUGUAUUGUUAACUUGUAUUGAAUGUCAUGUUAUGAAAUAUAUCACUUUAGUCUAAACUAUAUCUAGUGUAUGAAGACUUUAUACUUUUGUAUUUGUUUAAUAUUUAAAAGGAAAUAUUGAACUUAUAUGUGUCCGAUGAGGACAUUUUUGCGUGUACAGAAAGUUGUGUAAUGACUUAACCAAAGAAUUGUAUGUUUUGUUGCUUCAUUUUGUUAAGAUCCUUUUUAAAUGACUUUUGUUUUAGUUUAUAACGUAGCUAUUUGAAUAUCGUAAAUGUUGCUAUAUCUUUUUAUAUAAAAAUAUUUUAGUUAUUUUGUUGAUGUAACAUUCCCUCUUAUUUUUGAAUUCAAGAUUCUCUUUUAGUGUCUCGCUCUUUUUCUCUUUUAUUCCUCCCAUUUUUAUUCAGGCGUGGAAGAUUUUUAACUAUUCCUUUCGAUUAUGUUCUAUUGAGACGUUUUGUUAGUUUAAAGUCCUCUUUAAAUUCAUCCUCCAUGAAUCUAUAAGCAAUAACGAAGUAAAAUCUUUGUAAUAUUUUUAUAUGAGAUCAUAUUGUAUCUAUCCAAUCUUACUUGCAUAUGAAUUUAUUUUAAAUUGAACAAUAAAUACAAAAAAGAAAAUUAAAGCAAAUGUUAUGCUCUGGUUGCACAUAUUGAAAUAAAACAAAACUUUGAGUUUGUUAGAAGCCUAUAAGUUUUUAAAAGUGUCUUUACUUGCAUACUGUAAAAAUGUGCCAAAUGUAUAAAGUUAUACAAAGUUAACUAUGUUACAUAUAUAUAACAUUCUUUUGAAAUAGAUUUAUUAACUUCUUAACCACAUUUUACUGAUUUUUCUGAGGCCAAAAUAUGUGGUGACAGUAAUAUAUAUUUUUAAUGCAUAUUUGACAUGAGAAUAUAUAUAUAAUGUAUAUAUUCUUAAGUUUGAAAUAUGCACAUCGGAAUCAAUCAUUUCUGAAAUGAUAAAAGUAAAUAAAUGUUAUUCACUUUUUUAUUCCCUUUUUCUGGACUAAGGCUUCCGAAUCAUCUUCUGUUGUAUAAGAGAUCUUUUUAUUCAUUCAGUCUGAACAAUUAGUAGUGAUAUAUUGUAAAUGUUAAGUCUCUCUGAAUGUUAAAGUUCAGAUUUAAAAAAAUUCAUCAGGGAUGAUUCAUGCUACUUUGAAAUUGUCAACAAGUACAAUUUGUAUAUCUGUAAGGAAUAUUUUUCUGUACCCAAAUGAUAUGGUAAUAAUAUUAUGUACUGCUGUUAAUAGUAGUUUCUUAGCUUCUGCAGUUUUGUACUAGUAAUAUUUUUUAAAGUCAUUCUUUAUUACUUUGGCCAUUGUGCAAAAGCCAAUAAUGUUGACAUGAUCAGUGCUUCUAUUUGCAACGAAUGCUGUUAUAUAGCCAUUAUCGUCCAAAAGGUGCUUUCGCCAUGCCGAUUCUUAAAAAAAAUAAAUUAUAUAUUAUUAUCUAAUGACGUUUCUAUCAACAACGGUGCUUUUUGUAGAAUAGAUGCCAAAAUAGUUUUUAAUGGGCUUGCUUUUUUUGCAACUCAUUCUUUGCUAGUCAUAUUUUACAUGUCUCUUUUUUAGAAUAUGUAAAACUUCAGAUAUGGAAGAAAACCAUAAUAUUGUAUUUUAUGAAACUUUAAAAACUUAUAUAUUAAUUUUAAGUUAAUUAAAUUUUAAUUUUUUUUGUUGCAUAUUUAUUUAUAUUUUUAUUUGUAAAUAAAAUAUUAUAUAGAAUUCAGUUUGUAAAAUUUUAUUUUAAUGAAAAAAAGAUCUGAAAGUUUAAUCUUCUAGUCAGAAUACUAAUCGUAAAUGUGUGAAAUUUUUAUAUAUAAAUUAUUUUAAAUCAAAAGUGCAAUAUUUUAAACUGUAUCAAAAAUUCAUAUCAGUUUUGAUUAACCUAUUUUUACCAGUAAUGAACCGGGAAAUCAUAUUUCAAUACUUAUGGUUUUCUUAUGUCUGAAGUUGACUGUUGAAUAUUUUCAGCUCUUUAUGGAAGGCUUGGUGCUUGUUUUAAUUUUUAAAGUGAUUAAGAAAAUUCAUAACUAUUUUAUCCAAUUUAUAUUGUUUCAUUAAGUCUUUAACUAAUUAUGAAAUAUAUGUAAAAAUAAUUUUUAGAGUAAAUGAGUUUAAUAAAAUAAGUUAAAUAAACGAAUGAUAAGUAAGUUAAAAUAAAUGAACAUUUAAUGAAUAAGUUGUCUUAAAAAACUUAAGAAAUAUGUUUAAUUAAACCUCUCAGUUACGCUUUUUUAAAUGGAAUAUAAAAUUUCUACCAAUAUUUCUACAAUUUAUAUUUCUUCAUAUUUGUAAUUAUAAAACUCAAGCAUCAUGACUUUUAUAAAAAAUGAUAAUAAUCUGUUAACUUUAAAAAUACGUAAAGCAAUAAUAAGUCAACAAUUCAUUUAUCUAAAUGCCAAAGAUUUAUUUUUUAGCAUGAAUAUGUUCUUUUUCAUAUAGUGAGCUUCCAUUACAGAAAGCCAAAUAAAAAAAAUGUCUAGUUUUAUAUAUUAUAGUAUUUAGAGUUAAUAUUUGUUUGUUGCGUCCUUUAUGUUGCACUUUGUUGAUGAACCUCACCGUAAAAGCACUUUGUAAACAGGUUGUUGACGAAUGUAGUCCAGAGUUGUUUUCUUUCCAAGAAAACCACUCCUGUCUCACUUGUUAAUCGGUCACAAAUUUACAACUACUGAGAAUUGCCCUGUUUGCCUGCCGACUGUACUCUUUCAUUUCUUCUUUACUCUUUCUGUGGAGUCACUGUAUUUUUCCUACCCUUGUAACCAUCCAAUGUGUCGUUGUAUAUACAUAAUAUGAGAUAUAUAUAUAGAUAUAUAUAUUUCUGCUUCCUCCCAUUCCAGUCCUUUUUCAGUGCAUCUGAAUGUUUUCUAUUUUAUUACCACGUAGAUUUUUCUCGAUUACAUCCUUUCUUCGUGAAUUUUGAAUGUGUGAUCCUUUCUCACCACUAAGUGUAUCGUUUUUCUAACACCUGAAUCUUCCAAUCCCUUUUUCUUCCACCAUUCUCGAACGUCCACUGACAGGUAUAACUUUUUGCUGCUGUCUGUUUUUCAUUGCGGAGCAGAGGUUGUUGGCAUCUUUAAGGGGGAAAUGAAAUACCAAAGUUUUUUAACAAGGGUAGUGUGCAAUUUUUUUUUGUCUUAUUAUUAUUUAGAUAUGAUUAUUUAUCUCAUUAUUUGCUAAGUGAUAAGCGUAAUUGUUUUGAAAAUAAAUUUGUUUAUUUUGUAUUAAAGUUCUUUAAAAAGGAAGAGUAGAAUUGAAUAAAAUGGUAGAGCGUCAAUAAUUUCAUCACUCACAAUAAAAACAGUGCUAUUAAACUUGUGUAAAGUGUAAUACAAUAUAUUAUACGUUUUAAUAUAGCACUUCAUAGUAUAAUAAAGCAUAGAAUGUUUGUUUAUUGUGAUAUUAAGUAUCAAUGAACAGUUGUCUACUUUAGCAUUAGUUUAUAUUUGUAAUUUAGGAUUUUCUCAUUAAUUAUUUUUGUUUGAGAAUUUUUUAUUUAUUUUAUGUUUUGAUAUAUAUUCUCACAUAAGAUUAGAAAAUGGAUAGAUUAGUUACAUUUUUACUUUUAACAUGUUGAAAAUUAUAAUUAUUUUAUUCCAAAUUCAAAUAAAACGAGUUACUAAUUUUUUAGCUGUCUCUAAGCUAUAAUUAAAUUAAGACAGCUGUAGAUAGCACAGGAAAUAUGAUAAACUGAAAUUUCUACUCCAAAUUUGUUUUGGAUAGCAUCUGCUACUUUAAUUUUAUUUCACAUUCAAAAUAUAAAAUUUAAAAAAUGAUUAAAAUUAUCAAAAUAUAUAAAUUUUUGAUCUUGCCUUUAAAUUAAUAUAAUUCUGAUAUAAAUUCAGAUUCAGAAAUAAUAAAUACAUUUAAAUAAACUUCUUAAAUGAGUUUUUGUAAUCAACUUUUGUUGUAAGUUGAGUAAGUAAGUUUUUUUUAUUUUUUUUUUAUUUAUAUACAACGGUUUUAACCUUUGUAUAUAAAUAAAAAAAAAUUCUCCCAAUUAUUUUUAACCUGUUAACUGGGUAUGAUUAAAUAUUUCAAUACAAAACGAAUUGACUAUAAGUUAAUUAACACGUUAAUUAAUAAAAUAAAGUUUCAACUUAAAAGUUUGUGUUUUGAAGAUAAUUGUGAGAUUGAAUUAUUGACGCUCUACUAUAUAUGUAAAUAUUAGCAGAUUUUUUAAAUUAAAAAUUAAAUGUGGGAUUAAUUUUUAAUAAAAAUUAUGCAUAAUAUGAUUAUUUUUGUGCUUUGUUUUAUUGAAUUGCAUGUGCAAUAAUAUGAAAUGAUGGAGGAUUUGAACUUUUGCAUUUAUUAUAUCGUAGAUUUUCGAUACUGUGGUCAAAUUUUCCUUCCCUUAGUCAUUUUUCUGCAUUAAUCUAUCUUUAUAUUUAAAAUAGUCGUGUUACGAACUUUCUUGUGUCGAAUGCCAUCAUAUUAAGGUAGAGUGCGGAGUCACCUACUAGAAGCAAUGUAAUUGUCUAGUCAUAGAAUUCUCCUUUAAUGAUGCCUUUUCAACCUUUGUUCCAGUUACCUAAUGAAGGUGCUAAUUAAGUACACAACAAUUUUAGCCUUACAUGGUACAAUUUGCACUGAUGACGACUACACACACUCUCUCAGAGUUAGCACUUAAUCGGAAAAUACGCCAUUCUGUUUGUCUUUUUGCCUUCUAACAGUUUUUUCUCUUUUUAUCAGCGAUUGUAGUGGCGUAAUAUUGAUCGUUAAAUUUUUGUUUUCUUGUAAGCGUUCAGACAGAAAAUGUUAUAUGAGAGCAUAAAGUGAUUUCUAAAAAUUGUGAUUUGAGAAAAAUAACUUGUGAGAAAUACACAUGCGCAUUCAAAAUAGCACGAGCAUUUGGUGCUCAAGCGCGGAUUGUAAUAAGUCUGUCAGUAACGGCAAGAAGAGUACUCAGCGCUCGAACUUAAUAAUAGUAAUAAAGUUUGUUAAUAUGUCAUUGACACAUAUUGUAUUGUUUACCUUUUAUGUUUUGAAAAAACUCAGCUAUGUCAUAAGCCAAUAUUAUUUUAAGCAGAUUCUUUAUUAUUGAUUUUUACAAAAUGAAAAAUACAAAUACUAAUACUAAUAAUAAUAAAUGUAUUAUGUAUUUGUAACAUUAAAAAUCUGAAAAAUUAUCGUAUGCUUAAAAGAAAGCUUAAUAAUCACUAAGAUUAUUAAAAUCUCAUCAGUAAGCGAAUACUGAGAUUCUUUCCUUAGAUUUUUCUAUGUUUCCAAUUAAAAAUAAUUGACAAAAUAAUUUUUGUCUAUAAAUAUUUUGUUAAAAGGUUCAAAAGAAUAUUAUUUGACUGGUUAUUAUUUUUAUUUGUUUCCUUGCUUAUAUAUCCAAAUGCUGGAUACGUAAAUUGAAACUAAAUGAAAUUUAUUUUAAAUUCUUAAGAUUUAAAUUAUUUUUUAGAAGAUAUUUUUAAAAGAUCAAAUGUUAGGAUUAAUUCUUUUUCAAUCUAUUCGGAAGUCAGUUUAGAUUAUUGGAAAUGAUGGAAUUAAUUUUUAAUUCUAUUUUGUUCAUUUUUAUAUAUAUGUAAAGAUUUUAUGAAUAUAAUUCAUAUUAAUGUUUUUAAAAAUGAAUAUGUGGACAUAUGAUUGUCAAAUUUACCUGUAGUUAGUUAGCAAUAUUUCGGCUGGAGCUGUUGCUGCUUUAAUAUGAACUAUUUUACGAAUUCAUUUCAAUGUAUGUUAAUUCUAAGUUUGAAAAUAAGUUGGGUUUUUUUUUAGAAACAUCAAUUUUUAAUUGUUGCGUAUUUAUCCUGGAAUCAUCUACCACAUAUAUAUUGUUUCAUCCAUAUCAUAAAAUGAAUUCAUCACUUCAUAUACUCAGAAAUGAUUAAAAAUAACUGUACAUGGAUUUCAAUUUAGAAAUAUUUUGCCAUGUUUCAUAAUGGAGACUUUGUUUGUUUUAGUAAAAAUGAUAGUUCCAAUUAAAUUUUCUCACAUUUUAAUGCUUUAUUACAUUUGCUGUCUGAACGCUAUCCACUUGUGAGCAUUUUGUAUCACCCAACUGGGCAUAUUAAUGUAAAAGAAUAUAAUUCAUUUUCUAUGGUAAUGUACGUCUUUCUACAGUAAUAUUUGUAUAAUGAUUGAAUGAUAAUUGCAUCAGAAAAUUGAAUAUAAAAACAUCAAAAAAAUUGUAAAUUCAAUUGGUAAUCGUUAUGUGUGAUUAUGACUUGGAUUACUUUUGGGUGCUUUUAUUUCGAAACAUUUAAAAAUGCUUUUGAAAUUACUUUACUUUUGAUAUUUUCAAGGCAAAUUUAUGUUUUUCUUCCUUCAUAAGGUUUUCAUUGUAGAAAUGAAACAAGUUGAAACGAAUUUUAGUAAGAUAAUAUUUGUAGAAUACGUUUUUUACCAUAAUAAUAGCAAUCAACAUUUUAUUAAUUAAAUAAAAUAUUGCUAUUCCAAAAUAUUGAUCGUCUAAAGUAAGACACAUUCUACAUUAAUGAAUGUAUUAUCUCGUAAAGAUCCGUUCUUUAAAAAAAAAUAAUAAUAAUAAUAAAAAAAAUCUUUUUUUAUAUUUCGUGUUGAAAAAGGUUGGAAAAAACGCGUUCUACAUUUAAUGAGUAAAUAUCACGAUAAUCACAUUUGAUUAGCACUGCAAUAAUAAUAAUAAUAUAUCCAUUUAUGCAAUAAUAUAUAAAAUAUAUACAUAUCUGUAUCGAAAAGCCUACCGAAAAUAUUCAUAGUAAAUAUUUUUAAUAGAACUAAUACCAUCAGAAUAAUCAAAAUUUUUACAAGUGUUUGAAUCAUUUUUUUAAUUUAAAUUAUUGUAACUUUAUCAAAAAAAUUACCUGUUGUAUUUUUAAAAAAAGAAACAUAAUCAAUUACAUAUCAGAACAUUUACUUUUACAUCGAAUAUUUUUUAUUAUUUCAUUUCAAACUAUAAUAACUAACUUCAAGGGGAACCGGUAAUAACAUGGGAAUAUUUCCCGAAAUAAAACACCAAUACGUAAUCCAAAUCAUAAACCAAACCUAACACUAAAAAAAUGUGUAAAUUAUUUUAUUUACCACUUUUGAAUCAACCAAUUGCACCUUUUUUCAUCUUCACAAAACCCUGUAUUCUUUAUUGUUUUUCUCCGUGUUGUUCUGACCUGUCACCUUCAAGCUUUCAAACAUAUGGGGCCUCCAUUACCCAUGUACUGCUUUGUGAUAUAUAACACUGCUUAUACAACGUGACGAUGGUCAAAGAUAAAUCUAUAAUAAUAAUAAUAAUAAUAAUAAUACAAAGCUGAGCUUCCUUCUUAAAAAACACGAUUUUCCAAGGUGGUCGUACAGAUGACAUCGUCCAUAACGCCCCUCUCCAGUGCAUCGAAGAUUGGAACGAUGAACUCAAAAUAUGAAAUAUUUGGGCGUUCAUAUUAUUCUCUGGCAUUAUUGUACAUAUAUACAUAUAAUAUAUAUUAUGAUGCCUGUAUAUCUCCUCUUAUUGUGCUUUUUCUUCCAUGUCUCUUCAAGAUGUAUAAGAAUCUCCUCUUACAAUUCCUUUUGUCUUAAUAUGAAAAUUAUGUAAGAUUAAGAGAAGGAAACAAAAAAAAAAGCUUUUGAAAUAAAUUU